UGGCUGAUGGAAUUGCUUGCUGUCUUUGCAUUGGCUGACCGCACAGCAGCACUGCUCCGUGUAUUUUUAGCCAUUGAUGCAAUUCAUAUUGCGGUGCGAGCGAGGCGACUCGGUCCACAGUCCCAGUAGGCUACACGGGAGUUACAGGGGGUACCUGCAAGUGCAGUGCUCGGGGUUUGCGACAUAGACCGAAGGAGAUUGGGGGAGACUGGCUACACAGCAAGUCAAGUAAAAAUAAAUAAACGGCAUUAUCGGCUUUUCACGGUCAGGUGCUGAGGCUGUAGCCUGAGGAUUUUCCAAUAGCCUACAGUUGUAGAUUUAUUGUUGGUCUAUUUUAACACUAAGCAGCUUUGCAAAUGGCAAGUCCCGCUGCAGAUAGAGGACAACCACACCAGCGACAUCCCCUCUCCGAAUCGGCCUCGGAGCCCGCGUUUCUAGAAGCGCAGAAAUGGAUUGAGGCGGUCACAGGCAGAUGCUUCAAUGACAAGGACUUCAGGGGAGGCCUGGAGAAUGGGAUCCUGCUGUGCGAGUUGCUGAGCUCCAUCAAACCUGGCUUGGUGAAGAAGAUCAACAGAUUACCCACUCCCAUCGCUGGCCUGGACAACCUGAGUGUGUUCCUGCGUGGCUGUGAGGAGCUGGGACUGAAGGGCUCUCAGCUGUUUGACACUGGGGACCUGCAGGACAUCUCCACACGCCCCAACGCCAACAGGGUUGCCGACUGCAGUAGGAAACUCAAGAAUGUUCUGAUUACCAUAUACUGGCUGGGCCGGGCUGCCAACAGCUGCACCUCCUACAACGGGCCCACACUGGACCUGAAGGAGUUUGAAGGCCUGCUAUCACAGAUGCGAAAGGAGGCGGAGGACACGGAGAGCCCCCAACGCAGCAUACGGGACAGCGGCUACAUCGACUGCUGGGACUCGGAGCGUAGCGACUCACUCUCCCCGCCUCGCCACGGCCGAGAGGACUCCUUCGACAGCCUGGACUCAUUCGGCUCACGCUCCAGACAGACGCCCUCGCCGGACGUACUGGUCGCCCGCGGCAUCGGCAGUGAUGGCCGUGGCAGCGACUCCGAGUCCGACGCCGGACCCCACGGAGGCAGGAAGCUGCCGGACGUGCGCAAGGAUGACAUGCUGGCUCGGCGGACCUCGGUGAGCGAGCCCCGCGUGAUGGUGCCCUUCAAUCAGUACCUGCCCAACAAGAGCAAUGCCAGUGGCUACGUGCCCACACCGCUGCGCAAGAAAAGGGGUGACCACGAGGGCCGGGAGGAGAGCAGUGGAGGGGGUGGGGGCAACCGCAAGAGCUGGAGUACCGCCACCUCGCCCAUAGGAGGCGAUAUACCCUUCAGGAGUGUGAGUAUGAUUGACAUGCGUUGUGAGGAGGACGCCAUCUUGCCACACCACAGCCAGGUGCGCCACGAGCUCAUGCACAACCAGUACAACACGAUGAAGGAGGAAGAGGACCACUGGCAGGACGACCUAGCCCGGUGGAAGAGUCGCAGGAGAAGCGUCUCCCAGGACCUGAUAAAGAAGGAGGAAGAGAGGAAGAUGAUGGAGAAGCUGAUGACGGGUGAGGGAGGGGCCAUCUCUCAGAGGAGGAAGAGCAUCAAAACCUACCGGGAGAUUGUUGAGGAGAAGGAGCGUCGUGAGAACGACCUCCGCGAGGCCUACCGGUUGGCCCGUAACCCUGAGGAGGCGGCGUUGGUCCUCCACCGCUACGCCCAGCGCUUCACCAUCAGUGAAGCGGCGCUGGAGCGCCUGCAACUGCCCAAACUGCUGGACAGGAGCAUCUCUGAGGAUCCCACCGCUACCACCAACACACGUCUCACCCUCACCCCCACUUCCUGUUCUCCCACCCCCACCUUCCCGGAAGAAGAUACAAAUGGCCCCCUGAAGUACCUGAGGCAGCAGUCGCUUCCGGCACCCAAGUUUACCGCUACUGUUGAGGCCCAGGUGGUGGGGUUCCCCCAGGGUCUGUCUCAUCGCCCCCAGAUUCGGUCGCGCAAGCCUGAACCAAACCCCUCUAUCCGGGCCGUCUCACCCAAGUCUGUGCCUUUGCUGAUACCCAAGCCUUACAAUCAACCCAAGGGCAUGCAGAUGCUGGUGGGACCCAGGCCAGGCAAGGUGGACGGCUUGCUGCGAGUGAACGGCGACAUGGGAAAUGAGGAGGUCACCACUCCAGAGAGCGAGGGAAGGACCUCCCCUCUACAGUUCUACCCCUCCCCUGCCACACCUACAGCCUCCUCUGAUGGUUCCGACACACACCCAUGUGAGGCCACUCCCCCACCCACACAUAGCCCCUCCCCCAGGGCAAGCCCAUUACCAGCUGUGGCACAGUGUGGCACAGGCACCGCAGUGACAUCUUCUUCAGUGCCAGCAGAAAGUGAUGCCCAGGAGAAGGGCAAUGCACAGGAGUCUACCCCGCCUAGCCGGCCCACCUCACUGCCCUCGGAGCUGCAGAGCACAGAGUGUCUUGUGGAGGCGGGAGGCAGGUCUGCUGCAGGCCCACUGGGGGAGGAGCCCAACACAACAGAGACUGCAGUACAUCCCUCUCCAGCUACAGAGUCACAACAAGCUCCCAAAGAACAAACAGAAGUGUGUAUGAAUGCCACAGCGACUAGACAGAACGCCACUGUCCUCCGUCCAGUCCUAUCAGAGCACGCCACACAACAAGCUCAACCAAUGACCGCACCGGUCAGUGAGCCCAGCCUGGAGUCUUCUCAGAGAGCAGAUGAAGUUGCUACCUUGGCUGAUCCAGGACCUGUCAGAAACAAACCACCAUGUGAAGCUCCCACAACAGAGGGGGCAGAGCAGGAGCGUGGUACAGCAGCGGUCACUCAGGUGUCAUCCCCGGUAGUGGCCCAUGCUAAGCGGGGUGACCGCUGGUCUUGGGACCCAAAUGAGGAGCGAAAGCGUCAGGAAAGGUGGCAGCAAGAGCAGGAGCGCAUGCUUCAGGAGAAGUACCAGCAUGAGCAGGAGAAGCUGAAACAGGAGUGGGAGAGAGCGCAAAGAGAGGUGGAAGACGAGGAGAGGAGAUACCAUGAGGAGGAGCGAAGGAUACUAGAGGAGACUGUGGCCCCUCUGACCCCCCUCUCCUCCACCCUGCCCUCGCCCAUCCGGGGGGACACCCCCGGGCCCAUGGACCCCCAGGACACCAUCGUCCGGUCGCUGGCCGACUGGGAACGCAAGCAGGAGCUGCUGGAGAGGCAGGGGGGGAACACAGAGAGAGUGGUAUGGAAAGGACAAGAUAACGACAGGAGUAGUGACAUCAGCACAGCGUCCAGAGAUGAUAGUCUGAAAACAGCAGUCAGCUCAAUCAGCCAGAACAUCAGUCAGGCAGACAAGCUGACGCCGAGUUUGCAGAAUGGUCAGAGAGCACCACCCACCAUGGCCGUUCCCCAGCCCCCCAACAAGAAACAAAAUACAGAGGUCUUACUAGACUGCACCAAACCCAGCCAGCAGGCGCCCUCUCGGGACAGGAGGUGUGGCUCCAUUGAAUCCAUGGGGCGCAGUCCAUCAAACUCACCCACCACAUGCACAUCCGACAUGCCUCAAUCUCCAAACAGGUCGGUGAGCGGUAAGAAGCUGUGCUCCAGUUGCGGUCACCCUUUGGGAAAAGGGGCGGCCAUGAUUAUUGAGACCCUCAGCCUUUACUUCCACAUCCAGUGCUUUAAGUGUGGGGUCUGUAAGGGACAGCUGGGUGACACCACCACGGGGACAGACGUGAGGAUCCGGAACGGCCUCCUCAACUGCCACCAGUGCUACAUCCGCUCCCGUUCAGCCGGCCAGCCAACCACAUUGUGACAACGUUGGGUCAAUGGAAAGCACACAGAGAAAUUGUCUCCCUUCUUCCUGCUUCUCCAUAUAAUCAACAUGUGUGGAAUGUGUCUUGUCUGUCAAUGCCUAUGUGGGGAUUUUCGCAAUGUCUGCAAUUCACAUCCUAUCGGGUUUAUUGAAAUGGUCCAAAUAAUGCCUGACAUUGGAAAGUUGUGUGUGCAUAGAAUAUUAGUCCGACUGAUCAUAGUCGGCCUAUUGAUUCUAUUGGCUCUGUAUGAUCACAGCUCAGAGGUUCUCACUUCCUCGUUUCCAUAUGCACCCACAAGCCCUCGAGGAUGGUGGACAUUUUGAAUCUGAGCUCUGAUACUGUAAAUAUGGUGUAUACAGUAUAACAGCCUCCAUCACUUCAAAACAGUAUAGGAAACUCAUGAAAACACUAAUGCAAUGAAAUCCAACCAACAAAUUUGACACUUAGACAAAAUAUUUGUUUGUAAAGUAUACCCUUUAUUUGAAUUGAAUUAUUCUCUGGUAUCCAGGUUGUUAGAUAGGCCUUAUUAGUCUUUAGUUUGUAACUUAAGCUUCUAAUUUGGUUGCUAGAGAAGGUUGUCAUGAUUUAAAAUGAAAGUUUCAAGUAAUAGAAGUGUAUUCCAUUUUGCCGACUUGAGAUCUGUAGGAGUUUUUUCUCGAUGGUCAACUAAAGGCUUAGAAAAGCCUGCUUUGUUCCUCCCGAUUUUCACUUAAACCACAAUUAACCCAAACUCUGGUUUUAAAUUCUGAAAGUUAAAUCAUUUAGCUGCCUAUCUUCUUUCCAGGCAACUCCAACACUGUCUUAUCUUUUAUUUCUUCCCUAUUGCUUUAGUAGCCUACUGGAUAAUAAAUAAAUAAAAUACUGUGCUGUCACUAGGCUAUAGGCCUACAUUACAGUAACUUCGCACGUCGGCCUGACAACCUUUUCUCUCUUUCUUUGCUCAAAACAGAUGUCCGCUCACAAAGUUAGAUGUACUUGAUUUUAGAGCAAUAACGCGAACUGAUGCAUGUAAACUGAUUGUGGAGGUAAACAACCGUCAUUAUGGGUUCAUGCUACUGUACUAAACCAUUCCGUUAACUCUUAACUGGUUCUCUUUAGGAAUUUCACGCUUGGAAUGUCAUGAAACGUGCCUUAGGUAAACAGGUGAUUGCACACUCAAGGGAAGGGAACCCAAAGAUGGUGUCCACUUAAAGGAAAGCUCCACCCAAAAACUAUCUUUUGGUAUUUAUUUCAUUAGUCCAUUGCUGAUAUAGUCUCAACUUGAUUGUUGACAAGCAAAACAUUAUCAAGAUAUCACUUAAAAUACAGAAAUCAGCCAUAUUCAUCAUAUAGGGAUGAUUUCUGUAUUUUGUAUGUUACAUGUCUUUAAAAACUUAUUUGCUAACAAGCAAAACAUUUUGAGACUAUAUCAACAAUAGACUACUGAAACAAAUGCCAAAUUAUCGUUUUUGGAUGGAGUUUUCCUUUAAGUGUGAUUGGGUAGGAUGGGAGGUUUUUGUCAAAUGCAGGAGAAACUGCACGAGAGCUUAAAAUCACCCCACCAAUUUGUUUUGUUGAUAUUCCCCUUUAUUUUUUACUCAUGUCACAGUCUACCAAACCUUGUUUUCUCAUGAUUUCAUGAUUUGCAGUGAGUCUUUCCAGUUUCAAAACGGAAUCUAAAAUAUAUCUAGGAUAUAUGGUUGACAUAUUUAAUAGCAGCCUUUCCCAACAAAAAAUAGGAUGACCAUUGAUUUUUUUUAAAUUGUGUAUCCGAAUGUUUUGACAUUAUUAUAAUGACUCUAUAUAGGCCUCUCUAUGCCCUGUUGACAGUGAUGACGAUUUUGGUAAUUGCUCAGCAAUCGAAACCCAUUUUCAACAACAAAAAUAUAAAUUAAGCAUACUUGUAGCGUUGUGAAAUUAUGGCUAAAAUGUUCUUACCAGCAGGUGCAUUUGAUUAACAUUUGGCUGCUAAAGACUAGGGCCAGCAGUUCGAACGUCAAUUGUGAAAUUAUAGGCUACUAUGGAGCAAUUUCAGUGCCAACAGAAAUUGUAUUUGAAUUUCAUAAUUUCGAAUUUGUAUUAGGAUUUUGAAUUUGAUUGUAAUACUUUUGAAUUUGUAAUCGUUGAAUUCAACUUUAGCUAAGUGGGCUAACACAGUCUUGUGACAUGUAGGAGACCUUGUUCAAACCCACUCAGUCACAAGAGCAAGAUUUAAUAGGGAGUGGAAAGGCUAUCCUUAGAAGGGCUAUGACUGGACUAUUCAACUAUAUUCUUAUGGGGGCCAAAAUGCGUUUUUUUGUGACACUCUUCUAACUUCGCUUGUUGUCAUCAUAGAAGGGAACAGAAGCCUCCAGAGAGUCUUAGCUUUCAGGAAUGGGGUCAUAAUAGCUCAUAGCCAAGACGGUUCAAAUGUUAGAGCUAAAUUCAUAGGAAAAAAAUAAAUUCAACAUGCCACAUUGGCUUCAGAAACUGCAUGAAUUUUAUGUUUACCAGAGUGAGCAUUUGAUUAUCUGUUCUCCUCUACCUUCCUGGUUGGCAAAGUACCAGGAUGUUGUCUCAGGUUUUGAAUCUGAAUUUAGAGAGCUGAAGCUGAAUAUAUGAAACUUUGAUUAACUUGAAAUUAUGGUUUGUAAACUUGAUUCACAGAAAAUGAAUGCAAUACUUACCAUAAGUUCAAUUUAUGAAUUCAGUGAUUCAAUUCAUGCAUUACAAAUAAAAUGUCUGUUGGCACUGAAAUCGCUCCAUUGGUCCAGUGGUGGAUAUAAUGUAUGUUCAAAUGCUAUCUUGAAAUAAAUCCAUAGCCUACUCUGUCAGACAUAUGAUCCAUUCUCAACUUGUAGCUUACAACUUUCCCUGUCUCGUCUGGGUUUAUUUUUCUGAUAUAGUCCUACCAUAUUUUUAGGCUUCAGAUCUGAUUGUCUUUUUACUUUUACUUAAGAAAUUAAUACAUCUCAGCUGAUACUCUGCAGGGGGGCAUCUUUGUGUCAGAAAUAUCGAUACCUGUCUUAGCUGGAUGAAUAGUUUGGGAAUGAUACUUUACGUCUAAGUUCUGUAUUUAUUGUAAUAUUCACCUGAACAUUACCCGAAGAAAGAUAAAUGUGAUGUUCAAAUGCAUUGGCUUUAUAGCAUACUGUAUGUUUAUAAAUAAAAUGUAACAAAUGAA